CCUAUUAUCGCAAUGCUUGCAAUUUUAGCCAACAAUAAGAAAUAGUGCAUUUUUAGACAAAUAAAUAAUGGAAUUAAGUUAGUAAUUAAAUACAGUUAAUAUACAAGAUGGCGGGCAUGUACACUAGAGAAGCGGUGCGCGUUAAAGUCAAGAAAUGUGAGGCAACGAGGCCACCCGAAUGGCGCAAGUUUUCCGUCGAUCCGCAAAUAACAACAUUGGAAGUGCUUUACUCGCUGCUUGCCAAGGCUUUCGACAUCAAGUCAGACUUUUCAAUUAAGUACAAAGCCUUCGAUCCAGCUGGCAACGAAAUCUACUUGGCUGUGUUGUCUGACUGGGAUUUGGACGCUGCAUUCCUGCGGAUACACAAUAUAUCCAUACAGACGUCAACGGAGCCAUGUCUAAUGUUGCAAAUUGAUGUCAAGCCUUUCACUGUGGUGCGUGAGUGUGAAACAGAUGCAAGCUCCACCAGCAAAGCCAACAGCGUGGGCAGUGGCGCCACGCUCUCGGCAAGCGUUUCGCCUUUGCAGUCACUGGGCAUGUCACAGAAAUAUGUGCAACAUAUGCAGACCAAGCUGCCGGGCUUGAUUAUGAAUCAAAUGGAAAAGACAUUCUCCAUAGUGCAGAAAGCCUUCAAUUUGAGCGAUGAGCACAUGGCAAACUUGCCGCCACGUCCGCCCAUGUGCGACAGCGAAUUUCGUCUCUUCUUGGACGCCUUGGGGCAAAUACAACGCAACGACGAGCUGCGCAAGGUCAUCUUCUUGGGCGGCAUCGAACCGAGCUUAAGGCGUGUUGUGUGGAAACAUUUGCUAAAUGUCUAUCCCAGCGGCACAAAUGGCGUACCCAUGGAUGGACAUCAGCGCAUGGAGUUUAUGCGUCGUAAAUCGGAGCAGUACUACAAGCUACGUGACACCUGGAAAGCGGCAGUGCAACGUGGCAGCGUGGCCGGCGAACUAGCCUAUGUGACCAGCAUGGUUAAGAAGGAUGUGCUGCGCACGGAUCGACUGCAUCAGUUCUACGCAGGCAGCGAUGACAAUCAGAAUAUAGCCUCGCUUUUUAAUAUUCUUACCACUUAUGCGCUAAAUCAUCCGGUGGUUAGCUAUUGCCAAGGCAUGUCCGACAUUGCGUCGCCGCUGCUGGUGACCAUGAACGAUGAGGCGCAGGCCUAUAUAUGCUUCUGCGCCAUAAUGUCGCGUGUGCGUGGCAACUUUAUGCUGGAUGGCAUUGCCAUGACGCAGAAGUUUGCUCACUUAACCGAAGCUUUAAGCUUUUAUGAUCCAGAGUUUUGGGAAUAUCUUAAGUCUCAGCAAGCGGAUGAUUUGUUGUUUUGCUAUCGCUGGCUGCUGCUGGAGCUUAAGCGUGAAUUUCCCUUUGAGGAUGCACUGCGCAUGCUGGAGGUGCAAUGGAGCUCGCUGUGCUAUGACAAUAAUAAUGCCAAGGAGUUGGCGCUAUACGAAAAGGAAUUUGUGCCCAUUACGGAGAGCUCUGCGCCCAAUAGCGCCAGCACCUUUUCCACUUCAUACAGCGCCACGCCCACAAGCCCUUCUUAUUUGCUAACCAAGCCACGUGAGAAUCCUUAUACCAAAGUCUGCGCCUUGCGUCGUCAAAGCUCUUCAGCAUCGCUUAGCUCGCUGAGCUCCUCGCUGGGCGCCGCAAGCUCGCACGCGCUGGACAACUCAAAGCGCUUGAAUCAUAGUCUGGACGACAACAUGUCCAAGCAUACAGCGCAGCGUCGUCAGCGACGCGCCGCCAAGGCAGAUCAAAGUCUGGACGAGUCAAAAAUGCUGGCGCUCAUCGAAAGCGGCGCUGCUGUGGAAAAUACAAAGUCUGUGCAACAGCUAAGCGCUAGCGAGGAUACCGAUGAUGAUGUGUUCGAUUGUAAGCAGCAAAGUUCUACGUCGCCGCCGCAAUUCUUGGAGAGUAAUCCUUUCAAGGAGGAUGCUGCAGAUGAGCAGCCGCACAAUAACAACAGCGCCAUGCCAGCGCGUGUCUUUCUGGGCAGCUCAUCUUCUUCCAAUUUCGAGGAGGAAAGCAAACCCAAGCCACAGCAUAUACUCAAUGUAAGCAAUAUGUUGGCCAAGCAGUUGGUUAACAAUGCCAGCGCUGUAAGCGAGAGCGUUAAACGCGUAAGCAGCAGCAGCGGCGGUCACUUUAAGGAUCUUAAGGAGAAAAUUGCAGCUACCAGUCGCAUGGGCUUGUCCUUUGACGCUGACGAAGAUAAAACGCCACCCAAGUUGGUAAAGAAUUUUAAUGAAUUUCUGAACUUUGCCGCAAUGAACAAGAAUCGCAUCUCGGAUCGUUUGACGCAGCAGCUGCAGCUUAAUGAGAAGCCAGCGCAGCAGCCGAGCAAGCCUGCAUUGCAGCUAACCAAGAGCGGGCCAGUGGGCAGCUCGCUGGAUGAGUCCGACUCCUCUUCCAUACCAGAGACCAGCUGGAGUGCCUCAACGGCCGCCACGGCCAUACAACAAACGCAGCAGUCGAGCAACUAUAGUUUGCAAACGGACACGCAGGAGCAAGAGGGCAGCACGCCCGAAGCCCAACAGGAUGAAGAGUAUUAUCCGAUGACAACAGCCAUAACGCGUGAACUGCGUUUGGAGGCAGAGAAUCUGGAUAGACAAGUGUUUGGUUUGCCUUUUACGGAAAAGCAGCAGCCUGCCAUUAAGUUGGAUGACAUUGAGUACGAGCAGCUGGACAAGGAUUCGCUUGAUAUGGUCGAAGACCUAAAAGAGAAUGAGAUUAUAACCUGCCCCGCUGUAAGCGAGCUGCACAUGAGACGCAGACAGCGCAUGGCUGCGGCUAAGAGCAACAGCGUGCAGCCACCAGACACGCAGCUACUGAAUCCAUUUAUAGACGAGCGCUUGGAGAGCAGCGGCGGCGGCGCCGGCGGCAUGCGCAACAGCAGCAGCCUGCCUGAGGUUAUAAUGCCAAUCUCAACAGAGCCCAAUCGCGUUGAAGCCGUUGAAGUGGGCACCAAUGCGGAUGAUGAGAGCGCCUACAAUGCCUAUCCACGCUCGCCACAACGUUGCGCUGCCAAUGGACUGAACAGCAGCGCCGCCGCCUUGCCACCGCCCAGCGAAUUCGGCGGCGGCAAUGCCUUUCUCAUGUUUCUGUGCUUAACGCUGCUGCUGCAGCAUCGCAAUACAAUCAUCAAGGCUGCCAUGGAUUACAAUGAGAUUGCCAUGCAUUUUGAUAAAAUGGUGCGCAAGCAUGACGUGACCCGCGUGCUCAACCAGGCGCGUCGCAUGUACUUUGAGUAUCUGCAGGCGCAGCGCCAGCAGCCGCAGCCAAGCACCAGCACCAGCGCAGCUGAGACGCCACAAAUCUAGCAACCUACGUAAUUGUCAACUUGUUGAAUUAAUUGUAUUGUAUAGAGUCCCAUAGUUAGGAACUGAGGAGUUGCUCAAAAUGUCUUGCAUAAAGUUUAAGCUAAGCAUUUUGUCGGCGCAACCAAAGCUUUUAAUCAUUUGAUUUUAGUAUGUGACUAGUCUGAACAUGUCCUGCAUUCCACACAAAAACUCAUUUAUUGUAUGUUUUUUAUUAUAUCAACUUGUGCUUACAAAACUUUUAAAAAUUCUCAGCUACAAAGC